CUCAUAAUAAGACACUUUCACGAAAAAUUAUGUCACCAGGGAAGGCAUUUCACGGAGGGAGCAGUCAGAGCAGGGGGCUUUUGGAUUGUGGGAGGAAAAAGAGCAGUAAGCAGUGUGAUUUUCAAGUGCAUCACAUGCCGCAAAUUAAGGGGCAGGCAACCUGAACAGAUCAUGGCUGAGCUACCUGAAGACAGGCUGUCCACGGACCCUCCUUUCACAAAUGUAGGCCUUGAUGUGUUCGGUCCCUGGUCCGUUACAGUGAGAAAAACGCGUGGUGCUAAUGCAGAUGCUAAAAGAUGGGCAGUCAUAUUCACCUGCAUGAGUACACGUGCAAUUCAUAUUGAAGUGAUUGAGUCAAUGGACACAUCGUCAUUCAUUAAUGCACUGCGUCGUUUCUUUGCCAUCCGAGGUGGUGCCAAACUCUUGAGAUCUGAUUGUGGGACAAAUUUUGUGAGUGCCUGCAAAGAGCUCCAAAUAGACAAACUAGGCUGUCACAAUGACAAAAUAGGCACAUUCUUGAAAGACAGUGCGUGCAAAUGGCAGUUUAAUCCUCCACAUGCAUCCCAUAUGGCCGGUUCCUGGGAACGCAUGAUCGGCGUCACCCGAAAAAUCCUCAAUGCAAUGCUCCUUGAACAUCCAUAUGGGAAGCUCACACAUGAAGUACUCGUAACAUUGUUAGCUGAAGUCACCGCAAUUGUAAAUGCACGCCCACUAACGGCUGUUUCUACAGAUCCCGAAAACCCAGUCAUUCUUACUCCUGCGAUGCUACUCACGCAAAAGGUUGGCACACCACCGAUUCCACCAGGGCAGUUUCAGACCAGUGACCUAUUCAAAGCCCAAUGGAAGCGCGUGCAGUACUUAGCUAAUGUUUUCUGGAGUCGUUGGCAGAAAGAAUACAUCGCAGGCCUGCAGGUUCGUCACAAGUGGAAAAUAAAAAAGCCGAACCUUCAAAUGGGCGACGUUGUUUUAAUGAGGGAGUCUCUGGAACAUAGGAAUAAUUGGCCACUCGGACUGAUCACAAAAUCUUUCCCAAGUGAGGACGGUAAUGUCAGAAAAGUUGAGGUUAAGAUUUGCCGAAACGGCGAGAAUAGGUUUUACAUUCGCCCAAUUCGUGAAGUUGUGCUUUUGCUGUCUAAGGGUAGCAUGUAAAACGAGUUGUUGUUGUGUAUCGUUCAUUAGUUAAGAGCUGACAUCUUGCAGAUGUCAGGCGGGGAGUGUUAUGUCCUCUGGUCUUAUGUUGACUACUUUUUGGGUUUAAUUUCUUUCUAAGAUUGUACAUUGUUCAUCCGUCCACAGGAUGUCGCUAUUCUAACUCAGAAUCUUAAGUUUUUCUUUGGUAUUGCUGUUUGCGCUCGGCUUCCCCUAGUGGCGACUUGCUGUAAGCAGCAGGCAGAAAGAACUUUUUAUUUCAGUUGGAAAAGAGGCCUUGAGGUGUUAAGACGUUACACACCUCCUCUGCACCAUACAUCGUUGGGAACCCUUGACAAAACAAAAUCUUUUUACCACACACACACACGCACACACGUUGACACAAAGAAAUAAAUGAGAGGAA